UGUGAAAGCAGUAGCAUUCUGCUUCAUGUUUAUGUUGCAACACCGCUUCACAGGAUUCUGACGAAGAAAAUAGUCGCCAAUAAUCAGCACAAUGUCCGACAAGAAACUUAAAACUACAAAACUUGCAAACAAGACAGUGGUGGGACCUCACAGUGAACAGGCGAAGGACACAGAACACAGUCGCCUGUCCUCUGAAUCCAAUGGGCCCAGUGAAGGAGCGUCAGCAUCAAACGAACUGAGCGCACUUGAAGAAGCUUUCAGGAAGUUUGCCGUUCAUGGAGACACCCGAGCAUCAGGAAAAGAAUUGCAUGGAAAAAACUGGUCGAAGUUGUGCAAAGACUGUUGUGUCAUCGAUGGAAAGAAUGUGACUUUAACAGAUGUUGACAUUGUCUUCUCUAAAGUAAAGAAAAAAUCUUGCAGAACAGUCACAUUUGAUCAGUUUAAAGAAGCUCUUGGUGAACUUGCAAAAAAACGUUUUAAAGACAAGCCUGGGAAAGAAGCUGUUGAGGAGGUUUAUAAACUGAUUGAAGGAAAAUCUCCCAUCAUAUCUGGUGUAACGAAAGCUGUGGUUUCUCCCACAGUAUCACGGCUGACAGACACAUCGAAGUUCACUGGCUCCCAUAAAGAAAGGUUUGACGCGUCUGGAAAAGGGAAAGGAAAAGCGGGCCGAGAGGAAUUGGUAGACAUGUCUGGUUAUGUACCUGGGUACAAGCAUGCUGGUACAUAUGCUCAAAAAGUGAAAGGAUCAAAACAAAUCUAAGAAUGGCUCUUCUUAACACUGCUGUAUGCAAUUUCCACAUCUUCCCAGUAAAUGAGACAUUCUAAACAGUGCCACUCUUCAGCACAAUUCCAGUUUACAUCUGCUCCAAUAUAUUACCAGGGUUCAGCAUUCCUAAAGAUGCAAAUAUUCUCAAUCAGCAACAUUAUUCUUCCAUAUUCUUCAUGAAAAAAACAGAGAAACAUCCUAAAGCAAAAAGAAUAUUUUUAAGAGUAGGAUGCCAAGAAUAGGAAGAAAAAAAAGACAAGGAAAACUACACAUACAAAUUGCAUUUUCAUUUCUCUUUUUCAACAUACUGUAUAUAUUUAAAAAGAGCUGCUUAUUUCCAAGAAAAAAUAAUGAAUUUAAUUGAAGGUUAAUGCAAGUAAGUACAUAAAAAUUAUAUAAAUUUUGUAAUUUUGAACCAAGUGUUUGUUUGGGUAAUUUUGAUAUUUGAAAUCUAAAUAAAAAUUAAAUAAAAAAUAAUAAAAAAAAAAAAAAAACGAAUGUAAAAAUACGAUGCCAGUGUUGUUUAACAUUCAUUGGAGCUAUUUUCAUAUCAAAUUUGUUGUUUCAUUUUGAUCGUAGUGGGUUGACCAGCCAGUUACAGUAUGCUGCCUCCAAAUUGGAAUGUUCCAACAGUUCCAGAUACAAAACACGGAUUCUUCCCAACCCAUCUAAAGCUUUCUGGUUUUAAAAUGGGUUAUGAUCAAAAUGUUGCGGCGUUACCUUGUUAAGUUGGGUUUUUUCCUACUAAAGGUAAUAGAGAUACAGAGGUAAUAGAGAUCUAUUCUUCCAAACUUUGUCCAAUAUAUUCAACUCGGUAGAUCAGGACAAAAUCCCACAACACAGAAAUUGGAGUUAUUAUUUUUUUUUUACUUAUGCAACGUUCAUAAUCUUAAUCAUAAUUGUGGCUGGAGUAUUUUGUGUUCAGUUGAUUUGAGGGUCCAUCACCUGGCCUGAUAGACGAGGAAAUAGACCCUCCCAUCACAGAUAGUGUCAAGGGGUAGCUACAGUGGUGGAUAUGAGAGAGUGUGUUGGGUGUAAUCCUUCCACCAGCACCUUUUAACCUUGUUUUGCUAAACUUACAUUUUUCGUCGAAUUAGUGACCGAUCAGUUGAUUUCACAGAAUACAUUAAAGCUUACCAGCACAGGGUGCAGCAUUCUUCCUUUCAUUUUUUAUGUCUUGAAUAAGGAAGUUGUAUAGGGAACAAAACAUUUUAACGAAGAGAACCCUUGUUGACUGCACCCUCCCAUUAAGCUGCUCAGACACCAAUUAGUCAAUUCUCAUUAAAACAAACUUGAAUUAGACAAAUUUCUACACAGUUGCAAGACUAAUUCACUUAACACUAAUUUCCUGUUAGUGCAAAUUAUGGCGCACCCCCCCCCCC